CGAAGGGCGGCAGAAGAGUUCGGGGUUUGCUUCCGGGUCUUGGGCUUUUUUUUUUUUUGGCCGCGGGUGCAGAGGUUUCUGGGAGCAGAGUCAUGAUGGCGUCUGUAUGAUCUCCGGAGGCAGCGGCGUCGGAGCUCGGCCAAACAUAAAAGAUGACAACAGCAGCUCGGCCAACUUUUGAACCUGCAAGAGGUGGAAGAGGAAAAGGUGAGGGUGAUUUGAGCCAGCUCUCAAAGCAGUAUUCAAGCAGAGACCUCCCCUCUCAUACAAAGAUAAAAUAUAGACAGACCACUCAGGAUGCCCCUGAAGAGGUUCGAAACCGUGACUUCCGGAGAGAGUUGGAAGAGAGAGAGCGAGCUGCUGCAAGAGAAAAAAACAGAGAUCGGCCAACCCGAGAACAUACAACCUCCUCUUCAGUGUCAAAGAAGCCCCGAUUGGACCAGAUUCCUGCUGCCAACCUUGAUGCAGAUGACCCCCUAACAGAUGAGGAAGAUGAAGAUGAAGAUUUUGAAGAGGAGAGUGAUGAUGACGACACUGCAGCUCUUCUUGCAGAGCUGGAAAAAAUUAAAAAAGAAAGAGCUGAAGAGCAGGCCAGGAAGGAACAAGAACAAAAGGCUGAAGAAGAAAGGAUUCGUAUGGAAAACAUUCUGAGUGGAAACCCUCUUCUUAAUCUCACUGGCCCAUCCCAGCCUCAGGCCAACUUCAAAGUUAAAAGAAGGUGGGAUGAUGAUGUUGUCUUCAAGAACUGUGCAAAAGGUGUAGAUGAUCAGAAGAAAGACAAAAGAUUUGUAAAUGAUACGCUUCGAUCUGAAUUUCACAAAAAGUUCAUGGAGAAAUACAUUAAAUAGUACAGUUUUAUGUGCUGAAUUGAAGGCUAUAACAUGUAAAUGAUCUGACUUCAUUUUGAUUUAUUUUUCCCUCCCCACCCGUGUCUAAAUUGUGUAUAGGCUUCCCUAGUUUUUAGUUCCAAAGUAUCUUUUCCUUUAUUGAUUAAUUACUUGGUAAGGACUUGGGAAUUGGUUUAACCCAGUUUCCAUCUCAAUAUUUCCAGUCAUGUGUUUUCUCUUAAAUAUGGGAAAAGAAACCUGCUUAUAAUAAAUAUUUUUAAUAAUCUAAAUAGCCAAAUCUGUGUCCCCAACUUGUUUGUUGAAAUGUAUGCAGCUAAUAAAACAUUGCAUAUUUU